GCACCCUCCCUGUGACUGAGUUUAGUUGGUCAAAGUUGAAGAAGCCACGGGUCAGAAUGAAAACUGUGAUGUUUUUGACUCUCCUGGGAUUAUUCCUACAUGACACAGCGGCAGUGAAACAUUCCCUCACAUUUGUCCUCACUGCAUCUUAUGGAGUUCCAGAGUUUCCAGAGUUUGUGGGAGUAGGGAUGGUUGAUGGAGUUCAGUCUGGAUACUGUAACAGCCCAACCAAUGCAGUAGUUCCCACACGUGAAUGGAUGAAAGAAUUCUUCAGAGACAAUCCACAAUACCUGGAGUUUCUUUCUGCAAUGUGUCUGAACUAUCACUACCAUUUGAAAGUUCAUAUUAACAUCAUAAUGCAUCACUUAAACCAAAGUGGAGGUGUGCACAUUCUACAGAAGAUGAGUGGCUGUGAGUGGGAUGAAGAGACUGGAGAGACUGCUGGUUAUAACCAGUAUGGUUAUGACGGGGAAGACUUCUUGACAUUGGACUUUGAGGCACUGACGUGGGUUGCUCUGAACCCUAAGGCAAUUAUGACCAAACUAAGAUGGGAUACUGACAAGGCUUAUUUACAAAGCGAUAAAGUCUUCUACAUACACAACUGCCCCAGAUGGCUGAAGAGUUAUAUACAGCAGGCUAGCAUCUCUCUGCCGAAAACAGUGCUUCCCUCAGUGUCUCUCCUCCAGAAGUCUCCCUCCUCUCCAGUCAGCUGCUUCGCCACAGGUUUCUACCCUGACAGAGCUGUGAUGUUCUGGAGGAAAGAUGGAGAGGAGCUUUAUGAGGGCGUGGACCAUGGAGAGAUCCUCCCAAACAAUGAUGACACCUUCCAGAUGAGUGUGGACCUGAACAUUUCCUCAGUGAAACCAGAAGACUGGGAGAAGUACGAGUGUGUGUUUCAGCUCUCUGGAGUGGAGGAGGACAUCGUCACCAGACUGGACAAAUCAGAGAUCAGAAGCAACAAUGGUUCUCCUCCUUGGUUUCCUGUUGUUAUUGGAGUUGUUCCAGGACUGCUGCUCCUGUCAGUCUCCAUCGCUGGAUUCAUCAUGUGGAGAAAAAAGAAAAAUGGGGAACGGGAAGAACCAGAGAUAGAGCUAAGCUCCAACAUGUGAGAAGUCAGCACAGCUGUCAAGGAAAGUCAAUUUGUAAAUGAAGUCUGAGCAUAACCAGUGCUGUAAUCACGUAAAACUUUUCUUCAGACAUUAAUACUACACAGAAAAUAGAAAAGUCAAAUUCAGGGAGUGGAAUGAUCUGAGAUGACACCAAAAAACACAAAUAGAAGCACCAUCUUUAGAGACAGUGUAAUAAAAUGUUGAAUUUUGGAAAUUCCUUUUUUUAGGGUUUAGGGUAAAUUCUAGAUGACAACACACACAACCAUACAAUAUGUAAGUUUUCCUAAACACUUUUAUUGUACUUAGCCUUUUGAGCUCACAUUAUUGUGAAGUAUUUCCACUAGAGAGCGUUAACAAAUCUACAUCAAAGUUCCUCUGUUUGCGGUCAGUCUUAUGUUCACCUGUUCAUUUCCCCCUCACAUUAAACAGCUAACAGGUGUGUUAUUGUGCUAGACCUCAACAGGUUACUGAUAAAACGCUGCUCUUAAAGCAGCGAUGUCAAACUCAAUCACAGCAGGAGCAGGAUUCUAAAUUAAGGUCUAACCUGAGGGCCUAACAGAGACAACGUUUAACCAUAAACUGUCAACUCAUUUUCACUGGUAAUGAGAAAAAUGAGGUUGAGAUUUUAAAAAAAAAAGUUUUAACAUCUAAAGGCUUGACAUUGCAUGUUUAAGAGAUAAAAAUAUGAGAUUAAUGAAAAAUUAUGUGCAAGAAUGUCAAUACAGAUUGUGAGUCUAAAAGUCAAAGUAAGGAGCUGAAAGGUCAAAAGGAUUAAGAAUGAUGAACAGGUCAAAAUAUGAGAUAAAAUGUCACAUUUAUUAGUGGAAAAGGUCAAAACAUAGAAUUAAUAGUCAGAAUAAUGUUAUUAAUCCUUUACCUACAGACACAGCGCUGGCACUGUGUUUUAAAUGUUGGAGUAUUAUUACCGUAACUCUGUCAAAGUUUCUCUGAUCAGAAACAUUACAACAGUGUUGGAAAGCUGAGAACUGUGGGCAUGAGCACAUAUAUGGUUCAU